UAUUAGUAUACUAUUGAUUUGUUUGAUGAGUAGAGCUCGUGCACAGUACUCUCCUUGCUUGUUCUCCACUCACAACCUUCCUUGACGUAUGAUAUCAAUAAAUCACUGUUACAUGACCGCUAAUAAAGCUAGAUGUGAUGUAAGAGAGAUAAUCAAGACCUCAUAAGCAGGAAAAUGGAUAACGUUUACCUUCGGCAAUUCUCAAAUGCUCGGAGGAGGACCUGACUCUGUGAGAUAAUGUGCAAAAGAUUAAAGAUGCAAGGAGUUGAGCUCUUGGACAAUGCUUGCUGAUGUUUCCCAUGAACCUGUAGACCAUGACAUCUCUCAGAACACCAACACUUGGCAAAAUGGUUUAGAUGGUAGUGUGGGGGGCAGUGGUGGCAGCAGCACUGGGGGGAUGACAACAAUGUUUCACUGUCCAGAUGCUCCGCCCAGCCCCGAACCUGCUACCAAUGCCCCCUAUAAUCCUGUAUCAUCAUGCUUCCUUGCACUGAGCCGCAGUUGCAUUGGGGCAAGUGCUAAUGAAUGUGUUACUGUUCGAUGGAAUUUGCCACAAGAUCAAGCUUCUCCUUCUGAUUGGCUUGGCCUCUAUUUAGCAGGUGACAGUGGACCUGAGCAGUGUGUGGAUCAGAGACGGUGUGACGGUGAGUCACAGGGAGAACUAUGCUGGACCAUCGAUGUUCCUUCAGUCCUUCAGAGAAAUGUAGGCAGUGUUGUAAUACGUUACCACAGUGGAGAGGAGAGUGGUAAUGCAUGUUUGGGGUCAUCUGCGGUGCUACGAGUUGUAAGGCUAAGUGAUGGAUCUGCCUCUGAUUCCUCAGAAGAAGAGACCCUCCAUUCAUCAUUGACUUUGCAGCACUCUCUCUCCUGCACACGAUUUAUCCGUUUUACACUUUCAAAUAUAUCAGCUCAUGGGCUACGGAGGGGUAUAUUUUUUCAACCUGACCCUUAUGUGAAGCUGCGCAUACUUCCUGGGGAAUCUCGGACACUGUUACCUCAUCAUGGACAGGAAGCACGCUCCUCUGUGGUGGAGAAUACUGUCAACCCUUCAUGGAAGAGACAGGAAUUUACCUUUGUUGCAUAUUUACAUGAUGUAUUGGAAGUUGAAUUGAAGGAUAAGUUCGCUAAAAGUCGCCCUAUCAUCAGCCGAUUUCUUGGUCGACUUACCAUCCAGGUAGCUACACUCAAAGAACGGGUUAAAAGUGGAUUAUCAGGGAUUAUUGACUUCCCAUUAAGUAGCAAGAGCACAACAGAUUCAGUGUCUGGCCAUGUGUACUUCACUGUAGCAUUCACACUUCCAUCAAAUACUGCGGGAAUCUGCACAGGCCACGGUGGAUUGGAGUGCCCAGGAGAGCAAGACACAAUGCGAUUUAAGGCCAAUGCAAUAAAUGGCACUGAUGGUGAUCAAGAAUUAAUUACUAAUGGCCAUAUGGGAUAUAGAAAAAAUAUCAUGAGGACAAAUAGUAAUAUCACAGUGAAUAAUGGAAUUAAGACUUGUUCAGGGGAUGAUGAAGUGGUUGUAAAUGGUGAUGUGAUACCUGAUGAAGUGAGGACGAGCAGUGAGGAGCGGACAGAAGCCAGUAGUAGAGAGUCUGAUUAUUCUCCAAUAUGGAAAUAUUCAUGUAAAGUUCCUAAUGUUACCAGUCAAAUAAAUUCAAGUGAGCACAGUCGAGGGGAGGAGGCCAUAUAUGAAACGGUAUACCCAGCUGAAGACUAUCAGAAUCAGGAUGGAGAUCUUGCUGCUGUUAGUAGUGAAGUGAGUGGGGGAUUUAACAGUGAAUCUAGUCAGCCAGUAAGUGAUGAGGAUUCCCCACCACCUCUUCCGCCGAGGACUAAAUCCCUUUUAAAGUCUCUGGCAGAUUCUGGUCAUCGGCCAUUAGAACGCUCAAUGGCAGUUCAGCUUGGUCUUCCCCCACCAUUUCCUACAGUGGUUAAAAAGCGUCCUAUGCCUCUACCAACCACUAUAGUAAAUGGUCAAGUCAACUCUUUAAUGGGAACUGGCACAUCCGGAACAAUUUUUAGCGGUGUGAAUGAACCGAGUGUUAGACCAAAGGCUACUCAUCUUAGUGCCAGCUCUCAGUCUAGUUGUGAUAGUGAAAGUAGUGGAGCAAGCUUUGGGGAAGGUAAAAAAAUGCAGUAUUCCAUGGAAGGAUCAUUUUCCUAUGACAUUGUUGAUUUGGAUGAUGUUUUACAAGUUUCUGAAAUAUUGCAUAAUCAAAUUGAUGUAGACUGUCAGUGCCAAGUAACAGAAUCUUCAACUCAGGGACCUCAUUCAUCUUUGCAGUCAUCUUCUUGUGCUUCCAUGGAAAGUGAACCUUCAGAGGAAAUUAUUAGACCUUCCAUGCUUCAAAAUACUUUAGAUGAAGUUUCCACCAGUUUACUACCCACACUACAGGGAGAAUAUGCAGGAGAUGCUGCUGCAGUUAGUACGGUGGCACCACUUGCAACACCAGAGCAGGAUUCAAGCAUUCUUCAGGAAACCACUUCUACAGACACACUACUAGAAAAUUCUGAGGAAACUUUAGAACCUGAUUUUAAUGUGAAUGAUGGAGAAGCAUGCUUAACUAAAUAUUCUUGUAAUGUUAUCAGUGAUAGUAACAUUGCCACCUGCGAUGCUGAUGUAUCUUGUGUGGAAAGCUUUAAUUCCUGCAGACAUUCUUUUCCAGAAUUGGUAAAUAACCAAAGUGAAUCUGUAUCUAGUCCAGUUAAUUUAACAAGUGAAUGUGAUAUGCUCUUCAGUGCUCAAGAAAGGGAAAACACAACACCAGUAACGGUAGAUCAAACAGUUGUAGAUGCAGAAACUGUAAAUAAUUACGAUGAGCAAAGUGAACAUAAUAGAAUGGCCACUAGCUGCCUUAGUCUUAAAUCAGAUAUAUUACAUUCAGAGAGUCUUGAUCAGGAAAGAAUUGCAAUGCUCAGAGCUGCAAGGGAGGGUUCUGUCUCAGGUCGCUCACCAUCCCCAAGAUUGAGCGAUUCCCUCCAGAUAUCAAGCUCCACCUCCGAAUCUGUUUCACCUACGAGUAGAUCAGUGACUUGUUCUGUAUCUUCCCAAGUUGGUGACGAUGGCAGAAGGGGUUCUGAAUCAACUUGCAUGGUGAUAAGUACUGAGAGCUCGUCUUCUAAUUCUGUCUUUGCAAGUCCUACUACAGAAACUAAUGAUCUAAAUGUUGAAUCAUUGGCAUCUGCUUCAUGCUUUGUUGACUUGAACAUUCCAUCAGAUUCUUUAAAGGAGUCUCAAAAUAUAGUUCAGGAAUCCCAAACUAUAGCUCAGGAGCUCCAGGAACUUAGUGUAAGACCUCGAAGAGAUCACACUUCCCAGGGAUCUGUUGCAAAUGAUGAUGAAGAUAUUCCACCUGCUGUUCCACCACAUAAACCACAUCAUCGACUCCUGAAAGCUUUAGUUCACCCAUCUGUUUGUCCCCCAACUCCGACACAUCAUGCCAAACCUCAGCCUCCAGAACGUACAACUAGUGACAAGAGAGAAAAAGAAGUUAUUAACACUGGAAAGGAAGAUUUACGUGAGAGAGAAGAGAAACUAGGAUCUUCUCAUCAUCCAAAAUUAUCUAGACAACCUUCUCUUCGGGAUUGGCUUAGAAGAUACCCAAAGGUAGAGGUUGCUUUUGAUGAACCACUUCCUUCAAAUGUAGAAGCUCGGAAAGACAGCCAUGGAAGAAUUUUUUUUAUAGAUCAUAUUGCUAAAACAACAUCAUGGGAAUGGCCUCCUCCAAAACCAUUAUCAACUCACCGUCCUUUGUUCUUCGUUCCUCAGGUCGACACUGAAAAAAGACGAUCAUUUUGUGAAAGUGGAGAGAGUGAAUGUAGCGGGAGUCGUACUAGCAGUCGUGUGGUUACUCCUGAACCAUCCACUCCAACAUCUGUAUCAAAUAUGUUGCCUGGUGGAACUUGUUCAAGUCCUGACAACUGUGAUGAUGGAGUUACGGCUCCAUCACCACCGCCUCCUCCACCCCCACCACCUCCACCUACGAUGUCACCACCUCUUACCGUAAUGGAGUCAACAAAUAGUGCUAAUGGAGGAUCAGGAACAUCAUUAAAUGGUACAAUAUCAGAUCCUGCAUCCAUGGCAAUGACAGCAGUAUCUGUACUGCCAGGAGCAACAGCUCUGCUAACAGAAUCAAAUAGUGACAGAAGAUGGCAGGAAGAUGGCAAAGAUGCUGGUGAUGACAAAGCUCCAACACCACCACCCCGUCCACAUCAUCGACUUGCUCGCCCCACACCACCACUACCACCACCACUUCCCCAGCAGUGCCCUCCUACACCUACACAUCAUGCUCGAAGGCCUCAUCAUUCCAUUGGCAAUGAUCAAGAUUUUGGUGGACACACGGAACGCCACAGUCGUACUAUGCGGUUACCGUCCAUUCCAGAAAGAACUAUCAAAUUCCAGAGAGUUGAAAUCCAACCUGGGGAAGAACCUUUACCAACCAAUUGGGAGGCACGAAUUGACAGUCAUGGGCGAAUUUUCUACAUUGAUCAUGUGAAUAGGACAACAACAUGGCAACGGCCUUCAGGUAAUGACACGGCUCAGACUCAGAGAAAUCAGUCUACAGAUCAGCUCCAGAGACAGCAGUUAGAUAGAAGGUAUCAGAGCAUUCGCCGAACAAUUACCUCCAGAAGAAUGGAAAUGGAUGAUUUCACUGCAACAGGCUCCACUAGUACUCUGUCUUCUUCAACUUCCACCCCAGCACUUGCUUCUUCUUCAUCAGUCCCAGUAUUAUCAUCAUCUACUUCUGCUUCAACUAACAAUGUGACAACGCCAACUUCCUGCUCCUCGAGUAUUUCUUCUUGUACUAUGAUAUGUACAUCGUCAUCAUCUAUUCAGUCCCCUUCAUCAUCUGCUUCAUGCACAGCCUCUUUCCCUCUUACGACAUCCUCCACGACCCUUCCAGCUUCAUCUUCAACGUUUCAUCCUCCUCCUUCUAAUUCUGGAUCAUCAUCAUCCUCGUCUGUGACCAGUGAUAGAAUGGAUAUGUUGCUUCAGCUACCAGCAGUGAAGUUUCUAACAAGAUCAGAUUUCUUCAGUGUUCUGCAUAUGAAUGAUGCUGGCAACUUCAAUCUCCAGGUUGACGAUUUGCUAUGCCAGGCUGUUGAAAGAGAGACGGAGGACCGCUGGCAAGGAGCUGCGAGUCACGUCUCUCUUCGUUCCACACAUCCGCGCACUCGAGUUCCACACUUCUCCUCUCACUACCCCCAAUAUUCUCCACGACCACUGACCGACCCUAUAGGAAGACUCAAGGAGUCUAACGAUCCGCCACCGCAUCCCUGCAGUCUAAAGACCUCCGACACUUCUCCCGCCGCCUCCACAGACCCUCAGCAGGAAAGAAAUGUCUCAUGUUUCACGCUCUUUCAUUGCUCAUCCAGUAAAACACAACCUUCAUCGGAUCCCAGACUACCCAUUGAUGCUCCUUUUAUAAAUGCCAGCAAGUUAGCUUUGCCAAGUAGUCAUCAUCGUAGAUCACGCUCUCCAGGAGAUGAAGAUGCUGCUCGGGUUCCCAUUCCCCCGCCACGCCCACCUACCACAAUUGGCAGUGUUUGUGGGGGCAUCGCUGCACACGUCACCCCUAACAUUCCUACUGCCUACAAUGACAAGGUGGUUGCUUGGCUUCGUCAACCAAACAUUAUGGAUAUUCUAUGUGAGAGGCAUAGUGGCCUUCGCACCUCACCAGCUCUCAGGGACAAAGUCACAGCUAUUCGAGUUGAUGGCACUGUAGCGCUGGACAGACUCAGUCACGAUGUUGACCUCACUAUUGUACUUAGUUUGUUUGAACAUGAGAUCAUGUCAUAUGUGCCACCUACAAUUGGUAUAUCUCCUCGUGGUUCCCCACAACCAUCUCCUCAGGCCUCACCAGGAUUGGCAAGGGCAAAUGCUCGAGCACCAGCUCCUCACAGAAGGGAUUUUGAAGCAAAGCUCAGGAAUUUUUAUAGGAAACUUGAAGGCAAAGGCUAUGGGCAAGGUCCAAGUAAACUCAAGCUCAACAUACGUCGUGAUCACUUACUAGAAGAUGCUUUUAAUAAAGUCAUGGGUGCCAGUAAGAAGGAUCUCCAAAAAUCUAAAUUAUACAUCACAUUCUAUGGAGAAGAAGGACUUGAUUAUGGUGGUCCAUCCCGGGAAUUUUUCUUUCUUCUGUCAAGACUCUUUAAUCCUUACUAUGGCCUAUUUGAAUACUCAGCAAAUGAUACCUACACUGUGCAAAUUUCUCCAAUGUCUGCCUUUGUGGACAAUUACCAUGACUGGUUCAGAUUUUGUGGGAGGGUGCUGGGCUUGGCACUUGUUCAUCAGUAUCUGCUUGAUGCUUUUUUCACCAGACCAUUCUACAAGGGUUUACUUCGCAGUCCUGUCUCAUUAUCAGAUGUGGAGUCUCUAGAUUCUGAGUUUCAUCAGUCUCUCUUGUGGGUGAAAGACAAUGACAUCACAGAUAUGUUGGAGCUCAACUUUUGUGUUACUGAGGAGAUAUGUGGACAUGUGGUUGAGAAGGAUCUGAAACCUGGAGGGAAAAAUAUUGCUGUUACUGAGAGAAACAAGAAGGAAUAUCUCGAGAGAAUGGUGAGAUGGCGCUUAGAGCGAGGAGUAAGUGAACAGACGGAGAAUAUGGUCCGUGGCUUCUAUGAGGUUAUUGAUCCUCGGUUGGUUGGAGUGUUUGAUGCUAGAGAACUGGAAUUGGUUAUUGCUGGAACCCUUGAGAUUGACGUUGCUGACUGGAGGAAGAAUACUGAAUACAGAUCAGGUUACCAUGAUUCUCAUCCUGUGAUACAGUGGUUUUGGCUGGCUAUUGAGCGUUUUGAUAAUGAGCGGCGUCUACGAUUAUUGCAGUUUGUCACAGGCACCUCCAGUGUGCCUUAUGAGGGCUUUGCUGCUCUCAGAGGCAGUAAUGGUCCUCGGCGAUUCUGCAUUGAGAAGUGGGGCAAACCAUCUAGUUUACCCAGGGCUCACACAUGUUUCAACCGUCUUGAUCUCCCGCCUUACCCUUCUCCGGAGAUGUUGUACGACAAGUUGCUCUUGGCUGUGGAAGAAACAUCAACAUUUGGCAUUGAGUGAUCAUAUCUUCUUAAUGCUAUAAAUUGAUGAUCAGUUGAUGCAUUUGCUUUUAACUGAUCAUCAGUGGUGGAAUAAAGUAUAAGAAUCUUAUUUUUUGUGAAGUCUGGUGAAUUGUUAAUAAUCCUAACACACAUUGUUAUCAGGUAUUUUGAGCCUCAUUAAGAGUUUUGAAAGGAGUGUCAUAAAAUAUUAUGACCUGCUGAUAUUUUUUCAUAUGGUGUACUUUAUAAAUCAUGCAUGAACCCUCCCUUGUAAUGUAGUCACCACAAUUUUACAUUACAUUAUUAGUCAUACCUCUUGCCAGUGCAGUAUAUACAUUUUAUUUAUAUAUGUUUUCAAGCUUAUGCAGAUUUUCUUGAAGUAUAUUGGUUACACGAACACACAUGCAUUGUUUUGAAUGCUAUGUUUCGCUCACCAGGAGCUCUGUCAAGCCUCUGUGUACAUAACUGGACAGAGAAAGGAUAUGUAUAGUGAACAGGUGAGGUGUAAGGGCAUGUGUACAAAGGUAACACCAAAGAUAUUUAACAAUAGAGUUGUACAAAAUAAGGUAAAGCAUAGGUUUAACAAUGAAGUUUUACAUAAUAGACAUGUAACAUCUCACUGCUAUAUUUGACAAUACUGCAACAGUUUUGGGCGAUUGUUCCAUAAAUUUGUUUGCUCAGUAAUUAUUCUUAUGAUGUUCCAUUUCAUGAGAUGACUAUGGGAAGCACAGUGAAACAAAGGUUUAAGCAGGCACAUUUUUUUUUUUAACACAUUGUUCGUCUCCCACCGAGGCAGGGUAACCCAAAAAGAAAAUACUUUCAUCUUCAUUCAACACUUUCACCUCACUCAUACAUAAUCACUGUCUUUGCAGAGGCACUCAGAUAUGACAGUCUAAAAGUCAACCUCCAAACUGCCAGUAUCCCAAACCCCUCCUUUAAAGUGCAGGCAUUGUACUUCCCAUUUCCAGGACUCAAGUCCGGCUAACCGGUUUCCCUGAAUCUCUUCACAGAAUAUUACCCUGCUCACACUCCAACAGCUCGUCAGGCCCCAAAAGCCAUUCGUCUCCAUUCACUCCUAUCUAACAAACUCACACAUGCUUGCUGGAAGUCCAAGCCUCUCACCCACAAAACCUCCUUUACCCCCUCCCUCCAACCGUUUUGAGAACAAUCCCUAUGCCGCCUUCCUUCCCCUACAGAUUUUUACGCUCUCCAAGUCAUUCUAUUUUGAUCCAUUCUCUCUAAAUGACCAAACUACCUCAACAACCCCUCUUCAGCCCUCUGACUAAUACUUUUAGUAACUCCACACCUCUUCCUAAUUUCCACACUCCGAAUUCUCUGCAUAAUAUUUACACCACACAUUGCCCUUAGACAGGACAUCUCCACUGCCUCCAGCCACCUCUUCGCUGCAUCAUUUGCAGGCCAAGCUUCACACCCAUAUAAGAGUGUUGGUAUCACUAUACUUUUGUACGUUCCCUUCUUUGCCUCCAUGGAUAACGUUUUUUGUCAACGCACCACUCACCUUUUUUUCCUUCAUCAGUUCUAUGGUUAACCUCAUCCUUCAUAAACCUAUCCACUGACAAGUCAACUCCCAAAUAUCUGAAGACAUUCACUUCUUCCAUACCUGCUAAUAGAUAUUUCAGAAUUUCUAAGAGCUUAACCAAUAUACAUUUCUGGCAACUUCCACAAAUAAUGUAAAUACAGUGGUACCCCAGUAUAUGUCCUUAAUCCGUUCCAGGACCUUGGACUUAUACCAAACAGUACGUAUGCCAAACGAAUUUUCCCAUAAGAAAUACAUGUACGUAGUAUAGGGAAAACGAUUAAUCCGUUCCCAUGAAAAAAAAAUCUUAUUGUUAUUGGCAUAUUAUACAUUGAUGGAGCUGUAUAAAAUUUAAACCCUGCUUAAUACUAAAACAUGUAAUUUAAACACUGAUAAAUAUUAAAAUACAUACAUAAAUACAAAAUAAUUAGAUGAAAUAAAUGCAAAUUUAACCUCACUUUACUUUGCUGAAAAGAGUAGAAUACCUACUAGGAUAGUGCUGAGAAGGGAGGAGGAGGAUAUGUUAUUGUUUGGAAGGAGAGUCCCCUUUUCUUUUCUGUCUCUUUUACCCUAUUUGGACCUGGUUGAAGCUCACCAGGUUUAACUUUUGCUAAAAAUCUGUCCAAAGAACUUUGCUUCUGCCUUCUCCUCAGGAUGUUUUGGAAAUGUGACAUUGUCUGGUCAUUCCAGACAAUGUUAUUACGGCUUGUUUGGGCUUUGUUG